AUGUCCGAAUACGCAGCCGGCCAGGCAGGCAUGGAUGCUGUCGAAGCCAAGAACUGGCCCCUCGCCAUCGAAAAGCUUUCCGUGGCCCUCAAGUCGACAAAGUCGCCCAAGUGGUUCAUCGGCCGCUCCAAGGCCUACAUCGCCACCAAGGACUACAAGCGCGCCCUCCGUGACGCCGAGCUCGCACAAGUCGCCGCCGCCGCCCGCGGUAACCGCGCCUUUAUCACCGACGCCCAGUACCGUCGCGCCGUCGCCCAUUUCCGCCUCGGCGAGCUCGCCAACGCCGACGCUUGCGCCACAUGGGCCCAGCGUUUGACCGAGGGCAAGAGCAUGUCGCUCCCGGAGUGGAAAGAGCCCAAGGUUGAUGGCCGCGGCUUCGCGACGGCGACCAAAAGUCAACUGACGGACGAAAUAACGGCUGUGCGGGCGACGGAGGAUCCAGCCACGAGUAAGUUUGGUGCGCUGUGGAAUUCGACGUGCGCUCUGCGCUUGCAGAUUCUCGGCGCGUUAGAGAAGCUCGCCGAGGAUGACGAGAAGCGGAAGGUUACGGUGAAGUAUGACCCGGGACUCUCGCUGGACGCCCCCGAGGACGAAGCGGAGGAGGAAGAGAUCACCAAGGAGGAGGUUAAGGCUGCUGCGGCCGCCGCAGCUAAGAAGCCUGAGGUUCAGAAGGAUGUGCGCGUCGACUUCUUCCAGAGCAACGCUACCAUGUCGGUGUCCGUCUUCGCCAAGAACAUUCCCAAGGACGAGUUUAAGGUUGAGUAUGACGCUCAAGAGGUAGUCUUCCCCCAUUUACCCAAUGUCUCUGCUACAGGGAAUCAUUGUUCUGACCGUCCCUACUCGCAGAUCCGCAUGACGCACAUCCCCGGCCACGAGCCCUUGUACACCAUACCCCUCUGGGGCCAAAUCGACCCUGCGGGCUCCAAGCACACCGUCACCGCGAACAAGAUCGAGUUUUCCCUCAAGAAGCUCGAGGCAGGAAAGUGGCCCACACUUCAGCGCUCUCAAGAUGCCGCACCCGCUGCUCCCAAGGCCGCUGCCCCCGCCGCGACACCCGCUACUCCCUCGGCAUCAACAACCCAGAAACCCGCCGCCGCCGGCAGCAGCAAUGCGCCCGCCUACCCGACUUCCUCCAAGUCGGGCCCCAAGAACUGGGACAAGCUCGAGGGUAUUGACGACGAUGAUGAAAAGGACAUUAACGCUUUCUUCAAGACUCUCUACAAGGGCGCCACCCCCGAGCAGCAGCGCGCCAUGAUGAAGAGCUUCACCGAGAGCAACGGCACGGCCCUCAGCACCGACUGGGACGACGUCAAGGCCCGCAAGGUGGACACAAUGCCCCCCGAGGGCGUCGAGGCCAAGAAGUGGGAGUCUUAG